UUUUGCAAUUUCUCAUAAUGAACUUUAAUCCCAGCCAUUGAUAACCGUGAAGUCAUCGGCAUCAAAAGGUGACUCUUUUAUUCCCGUAGCAAGCUCCAUAUUUGAAGUCCUCCACCCGUCCUACUAUAUUAACGUUAAAAUCGACGGAAAAAUGGCACGUUUGUUUGUGCAUUUAGGGUUUAGGAAGAGAUUGUUUCCAAGUUACUCUGUGCAGUAAGUCGUCCUGUCCACCUUCCUGCACAGGCGAACCGGUCAGAUUGUCUUCGCGAGUAAGAUUCUUGCUACCUAGACAAGCGAAGAUCAGUGGGAAGUCGAAUAGUUUCAGAGAUGAUGAGAGGGGGUAGAAGUACUGGUAACUACACAAAUCCGUGCUUGACGAUGCAUCAGCCGUGGGCUUCAUUGCUGAUUUAUGGGAUUAAGCGCAUCGAAGGCCGAUCGUGGCCUGCUCCCAUUCGAGGUCGCCUUUGGAUACAUGCCGCUAGUAAGAUUCCAGAGGAAGCAACAAUCAAAGCAAUGGAAGACUUUUAUAGAGAAAUUUAUUCAGUAAAUGGAAUUACUGAUCUGAAGUUUCCUGAACAUUAUCCUGUUUCAAGACUUCUAGGAUGUGUUGAAGUGGUUGGCUGUGUUAGAUGUGAAGAGCUGGCAAACUGGGAGCUUGUACCUGAAGGGGUGAGGCUUGAAGGACAAACAGAUUUUUGCUGGCUCUGUGAACAGCCACAGAAAUUGUUGGUUCCUUUUGAAAUGCGAGGCUAUCAAGGUGUUUAUAAUUUGGAAAGGAAGAUUUUUGAGGCUGCUGUUCGAGGUCUUGUCCCAGUUGAAGCACCAGCACCUGUAAAAUUUCCAAUCCCUGAUCCUCGAGAUCCUUUUUCCUUGAAGCCAGGAUCUCUUGCAAUGCAAUUUUCUGAAACUAAAGCAUCUUCAGUUGAAAAAUCAUCAAAUCUCAGUGCAGCCAUCGCCGGUGCACGAGCUGCAGCUACUCAGUUUAACAGAAACAAUCAAAACAUCUCAACAAGUAAUUUGCAGAGGAGCACACCCAAUCCUGUAGAUAAAGAGCAAAUAACACAUGACCACGAGUAAAGCAGUAGCUUCAACAACCUCAGACGUAAGUGACAACACCUUCUAAGAUCUUUCCAGUGCAAUAAAAGGGCUGAAAUUAUCAUGAAUGAAAGCUGAUUCUUGUAUGAGAGACUUAUGUAUACCACCAGGAGAGCACCUUUAGUCUUGAAAUUUGCUCUUUGAUAUUCCAACGCAGAGAGUUUUCCAGUCUUGAAGGAUUGUGUUCUUUCUUUAUUAUUUUGUAUCAAUAGGCUAAUUUAGUUCUUUGUGGAGGCUGUCCUUGUUAUAAAGCUUACAAUUGCGUGGCAUUACAUAUUUUAGAGGUUUGUAAGCCGUCUUAUGAAA